AUGCCUAUAUUGGACAUGCAGGGGGCACCGCCCAGUACUACACUCCAAUGGCAGCCGCAAGAAGAAGGCUUGAAGCAGAUCAUUCAGCUGCUGAAGGACUCACAGUCAUCAGACAAUGCCGUCCAGCGGGCCAUCCAGCAGAAACUAGAGGACCUAAACCGCUACCCUGACUUCAACAAUUAUCUCAUCUUUGUGCUCACCCGGUUGGUCAGCGAGGAUGUACCUACCCGCUCUCUUAGUGGACUCAUCCUAAAGAACAAUAUUAAGGCACGUCUGAACCAGUUCCCAUCAGAGGUGACUGCAUUCAUUAAGUCCGAGUGCCUCAAUGCCAUUGGUGACCCCUCACCACUAAUUCGUGCCACUGUUGGUAUUCUCAUCACCACAAUUGCUUCCAAGGGUGAGCUUGCUACUUGGCCAGAACUAUUGCCCCGACUGUGUGAAUUGCUUGAUUCUGAAGAGUAUCUCAUCUGUGAGGGAGCCUUUGGUGCAAUGCAGAAAAUCUGUGAAGAUUCAGCUGAGGUCCUUGAUAGUGAUGUCUUGAAUCGCCCACUCAAAAUUCUGAUACCCAAGUUUCUUUCAUUUUUCAACCAUAGCAGUCCACGAAUCCGGUCACAUGCUGUUGCCUGCGUCAAUCAAUUCAUCAUCGGUCGCACAGAAGCAUUAAUGGAGCAUAUUGACACCUUUCUGGCAAAUCUGUCAGCCUUGGCCACAGAUAAUGAUCGAGAUGUGCGAAAAAAUGUAUGUCGUGCUCUAGUGAUGCUGUUGGAAGUUCGUAUGGACCGACUGAUUCCACAAAUGCACAAUAUAAUCGAGUACAUGCUGAUGCGGACUCAGGAUAAUGAAGACAAUGAUGAAAGUGUGGCAUUGGAGGCAUGUGAGUUUUGGUUAUCUUUGGCAGAGCAACCAAUUUGUCGGGAUGUUCUGGCCCCACAUCUCCCUAGACUGGUCCCAAUUUUGGUGCGGAGCAUGAAAUACUCUGAAAGUGACAUCAUUCUCCUUCAUGGUGAUAUAGAAGAGGAUGCAGAUGAGAUGGUCCCAGAUCGAGAGGAAGAUAUAAAGCCACGUUUCUAUCGCUCGAAGAAGCAUGUUCAGCAGCAUCAGCUGGAAGCUAAUUCAGUCAUAAUGACAGAUGGAGAAGCAGACUCAGAUGGGGAAUUGGAUGAUGAUUCACUUCUGUCAGACUGGAAUUUACGGAAAUGCAGUGCAGCAGCACUAGAUAUGUUGGCAAAUGUGUUUCGUGAGGACAUUCUCCCAGUGCUGUUGCCAAUUCUCAAAGAAACCCUUCUGCAUCAAGAAUGGCAGAUUAAAGAAUCAGGAAUCCUGGCUUUGGGUGCGAUUGCUGAGGGCUGCAUGAACGGAAUGAUCCCUCACCUUCCAGAGUUGGUGCCAUACCUCAUAAACUGUCUUUCGGAUAAAAAGGCACUAAUUCGCUCCAUCACUUGCUGGACUCUCAGUCGCUACUCUCAUUGGGUUGUAAUGCAGCCACAUGAUGCCUACCUUAAGCCAUUGAUGGAUCAGCUGCUGAAACGCAUCUUGGAUUCAAACAAGCGGGUGCAGGAGGCAGCAUGCAGUGCCUUUGCAACAUUGGAGGAGGAAGCCUGUACUGAAUUGGUUCCAUAUCUUGACUACAUUUUGCAGACUUUAGUCCGAGCAUUUGACAAAUAUCAGCAUAAGAACUUGCUAAUUUUAUAUGAUGCCAUUGGGACUCUGGCAGAUUCUGUGGGCCAUCACCUGAAUCGACCUGAAUACAUCAAUAUGCUUAUGCCCCCAUUGAUGAAAAAAUGGUACAUGUUGAAGGAUGAUGAUAAGGAUCUGUUUCCCUUGCUUGAAUGCUUAUCCAGUGUGGCCACUGCUCUACAAUCUGGCUUCCUUCCUCAUUCAGAGGCAGUUUAUCAGCGAUGUGUCCACCUUAUUGAGAACUCUUUGGCACAGAGUGCAUGGAGCAUGCAAUAUCCAGACCAAUGUGAAGCUCCAGAUAAAGACUUCAUGAUUGUGGCUUUGGAUCUGCUUUCAGGGUUGGCCGAGGGACUCAAUGGGGACAUUGAACAGCUGGUUACAAACUCCAGUCUCCUUAAGCUUUUGUUUCAGUGCAUGCAGGACCCCAUCCCUGAAGUCCGGCAGUCCUCUUUUGCUCUUCUUGGGGAUUUGACCAAGGCUUGCUUCAAACACAUUGAGCCUCACAUCUCAGACUUCCUCCCCAUUCUUGGACAGAACCUGAACCCUGAGUUUAUCUCAGUCUGCAACAAUGCCACAUGGGCAAUUGGCGAAAUAGCAGUGAAACUGGGCAGUGAGAUGAACUCCUACAUCCCAAUGAUCCUCAAUCAGCUGAUCAUGAUCAUUAAUCGACCAAACACCCCCAAAACAUUACUUGAGAACACUGCCAUCACUAUUGGUCGCUUGGGCUACGUCUGCCCGGAUGAUGUGGCCCCAUACCUUGGCCAGUUCAUUAGGCCCUGGUGCAUGUCUCUGAGAAACAUCCGCGACAAUGAAGAAAAGGACUCAGCAUUCCGAGGGGUCUGCCAGAUGAUCCGACUGAAGCCAGAUGGCAUUGCACAGGAGUUUAUCUUCUUUUGUGAUGCCAUUGCAUCCUGGGUCAACCCACGGGAUGACCUUCAACAGAUGUUCCAUCAGAUCUUACAUAGCUUCAAGGAUUUUGUAGGAGAUGAAAACUGGUCAAGGUUUGCAGAGCAGUUUCCAGCCCCCUUGCGGGAGAGGCUUGCAACCGCUUACGGCGUUUGA